AUGGCUGUGACUUCGGAGGAGUCACCGCUGCUGCGUCCGCGGUCCGAUACAGAUACGAAGGACACAGCUGCACCGCCGACACCAAAGCGAUCGGACCUUAUUUUAAUCUUCGGGACGUUCAUAGGUGUUUUCAUUGCAAGCGCCGACGAAGCCCUAGUUAUCUCCACGUACAGCGCCAUCGCGUCGCAAUUCCACCACCUCUCCCAAGGAUCAUGGCUCCUCCUCGCAUAUAACUUUGGGUACUGCAUCUCGCUGCCUGUGUAUAGUGUCCUGGGGGACGCAUAUGGGCGCAAGAAUGUCCUCAUCUGUUCAUAUACUACGUUCGCGGUUAGCUGUCUUGCCUGUGGCGCAAGUGCGACAAUGACCCAGCUUAUUCUAUCGAGGGUGCUCGCUGGCUCGAGCGGUGCUGGAAUGAUAAUUGUGGUUUCGGUCAUCCUCAGCGAUAUCAUUGCACCGCAUGAAAUUGCUUUAUACCGGAGCUAUCAGAACAUUGUCAAUGUCGCCGGCCGCAGUCUCGGGGGUCCCAUCGGGGGUUUUCUCACAGAUACCAUCGGAUGGAGAUGGGCAUUCUAUGGCCAGAUUCCGAUUAUCCUUCUUUGCACGGUAUUCGUCGGAAUCCGCCUCCCUUCUUUCCUGAACGAUACCCUGAUCGACGAAGCCGAAGACCGCGCGGAUCAGACAGAGCACAGGCGAUCGCCCGUCUGGGAUCUGGACUUUUCAGGGAUAUUCACCUUCUCUGGAACUAUCCUAGCGCUGUUGUUCUUCCUCCAGGAACUGGGGACCCUGAACGAAGACACUGUCCUUCGGACUGCGCUGCUGGGACUUGGCUUUGUAGCUGGGUGUAUACUGUUCGUCACGCUCGAGCUUUUCUGGGCUGAGAAGCCUUUGAUUCCGAUUCGAAUCUAUUCAUCUGGAAUUUCGGCCCAUUUUCUCCUCCAGGUUCUGCUCCUUGGUGGUCGCUACGCGUUCCUCAGCAACCUCGUGCCCUAUUUCAUCCGCGUCACCAACACAAGCAACUUACUCGCAUCUCUCUCGCUUGUCGUUGUGGCCAUCGGCGUGGCCAUCGGAGGCGUUGUAUGCGGCCUGGUUAUUAAAUAUACGAAACGCUGCAAAUCAAUGACCCUAGCCUCCAUCUUCAACCUGACCAUUUGCACCCUUCUCAUCUUCAUCCAAUGGCGGAACGGCUUCAAACUAUGGUACGGCAUAUACCUGAUCCCCUUCGGCAUCGCGACGGGGAUGCUCUUCCCGGCAUUAUUCGUCGGGAUGUCUACAUAUGCGCCAGAGGGGAAGUUGCAUGUUUGCAUUGGCACGUACUACCUCUGCCAGCAGCUCGGUCUUGUCAUCGGUCCUGCGGCUGGGUCGGCGCUGAAUCAGAAGUUGUUUGCGGCGAGGCUGGGGAUGACCCUUGAGGGAUUGGAGGAUAAGAGUUCUAUAAUACACCGCAUUCUCAACGAGGUGCGAUUUGCGAAUACCCUUCCCUCGGCGCUGAGGGAGGUUGUGAGGUCGAGUUAUUUGGACAGCUUUCAGUAUUUGCCGCUUCUUGCGACGGUAGUGUCUGCUGCUAUGUUUCCCAUUGCUGCGAUUCUGAGGGAGUCAGAGAUGUAA